GUUUGAUAAGGGGAAAAAAAAAGAAAAAAAAAAAACGAGUGUUGGAUUAUUGUGUGGGUUUCAGUUGUCUUCUUCUUAUGAUAUGAUACUAAUCUCACCUCCACAGCUCCACUCAACUUAAGAUGGCUCUUUCUUGAUUACUGGUUUCAUGGGAGGGUUCAUGUUGUAGGACUUCCUCAGCUUUCUGUUUCUUGUCUUUAGGUUUAUAUUCUAGAGCUUAGUGGUUUUGUACCUCGGCAGCCAAGUACAUCCAAAACUUCCCUAGUUCUCUACUAUAUAUUUAGUACAGAAAAACCCCUUUUAAUACUUGUUCUUUGUGGUUUGAAUCAAUAUAAUCUUAGUCUAGUUUUGUGUUAGAGCAGAUCUCCGUUUGUUUCUUGACAGAGAUUUCUAGUUCUUUGUAUCUUGUAAUGCACCUUAUUGGUAGUGAUCAAACUAAAAAUGGUAUCUCAAAGUUCAUCUUCCGACCCCAACUCAAGUAAUUUCCAUCAAUUCAUAAUCUCCGAUUCGAUUCCGAACCGGGCCCAUUUCGAAGAUCAUGAAAUCAAUGGUCCUCAUUCAAGAAAUAGAAACAUGUUCUCUCAAUCUCUUGGUGUACUUCCUAGCAUUGAAUCACUGCGGCAACAAAUGUCUAGAUCAGUAGAACUAGUUCAUCAGCAAGUUCCAACUCAUCAUAACUUCAGUAGGUUACAUUUAACAAAUCAGUUUGAAACAUCAAAAGAGUUAGACCAUCAUGGGCAAAGGUUAUCUUUAAGUCUAGGUUCUCAUAUUCCUUCUAAUGGUCUAAUGAGCACUUCUGAUCAAUACACUCAGAGAUACUUACAACAACAAGAUUUCAUGAACUCUAACUAUGUAAUGUCUGAUCAAGUAGAUCACAUUAGGACACUAGAAAAUCAGUCCAAUUAUUCAACUUCUUUUGAAAGAGAAUCCUUGGCUGCUUUAAUUGGGAGCUCUAGAUAUCUAAAGCCGGCUCAAUCCUUACUCGAAGAGUUCGUUACUGUUGGUGCCAAAGAGAUUGAUUUGAGUUCAGAUAAAUCUAUUCGACGGUUAACACGUAAUCGUAGACAAGGAGUAGGAAGUUUUCUCGAGCUAAGGUCGAGUUUGUGCAAUAGCACUUUCUCAUCUUCCAUGGAACAAGAACUGCAGAUUAAAAUCACAAAACUGAUUGCUUUACUAGACGAGGUUGAGAGUAGAUAUGAGCAGUACUAUAAUCAAAUGGAAGAAGUGGCUUCAUCAUUUGAGGUGAUAGCAGGAUUAGGAGCAGCCAAGUCUUACACUGCCAUGGCACUUCAAGCCAUGUCAAGACAUUUUUGCAGUGUUAGGGACUCGAUAGUUACUCAAAUUCGUGUAGCAAAGAGAGACCUUUUCCAAGGAUCAUCACCAAGAACUAGAACCGGUCUAUCUCAGCUUAGUCUAUUUGAUCAGGAGCCGAGACAAAAUCGUCUUCAACAGCUUGGAUUGAUCCAAAACCAGCGUCAACCAUGGAGGCCGAUAAGAGGGUUGCCAGAGAGUUCAGUUACUAUUCUUCGCUCCUGGCUCUUCGAACACUUCCUUCAUCCGUACCCGACUGACCCCGAGAAGUUAAUGUUGGCAUCACAAACAGGCCUGAGCAAGAACCAGGUGUCAAAUUGGUUCAUAAAUGCCCGAGUUCGUCUUUGGAAGCCAAUGAUAGAAGAGAUCUACAAAGAAGAGUUUGGGGAGUCGUCUUUGGAUUUGGAUUCAUCGUCGGAAGCAGUGUUGACAACAAGGAAAGGUGAUAUCUCAGAUUAUGCAGGAAAAGAAAGAGAGAUGGCAGAUUGAUUAGACAAAAUCUAAAAUAUAAAGUUUUGGCAAAAAUUAAUUAGGUGGAUCUCACCCCUAUUAGUCAAUGACAUUCGGCCGUUUUCUUGCUAUUUUAAGGCUCUGUGUUUUUGAGAUGUUUACACCUUGGCUCGUCUAGAACUGCUCUUGGAAAUUAUGUUUGCUUAAAAAAGUAGAGAGAUUGGAAAGGAAAUGUUUUGGUUAAGCUUAGAAGUGUGCCUUUGUGAGUCGGGGGUUUACAGGGAAGAGAAAAAUAGUCUACUAAGUAUACAGGUAUUUGCUUUACACAUUUAAUACAUCUAUCUAUGAAAUGAGUGAUGUUCAACUGCUUAGGCAGGGGAAAA